AAGAAUUAUUAUGUCUGAUUUAAGAAGUAAUUUGUCAGAAAUGGAGUCGGAACCUUUUCAAAGCAGCGGCUCAGAAUAUAUCGUAAAUGAAAAAGUGUCAGAAUCUGAUGACACCGAACCAGAAGAAGAAAGUGCAGGGUCGGUGCCACCAAAGGGAAAACGAGUUAAAGCUAAUAAAACGAAUAAAAUUAAGGAUUAUUUCAUAAUCGAGCAGGAUCCUAAGAGUAAGAAAACUACUGACAAACAAGGCAAAUGUACCCUAUGUGUCGUAAAAAAUACAGUUUUAAAAAUGAAAAACUGUGGAACAUCUUCACUAAGGAGGCAUUUGCAAGCUAAACACACUAGAGUCUACGAAAACAUUUUUGGUAGAUCCAGCCCACCUAAAUCCGAAGCAGAAGCCUCUGCCAGUUCGAAUAGGCGUAGCACAAUUACAAAUUGGCUUGAGAAGACCACUAGUUGUUCAGAAAACUUUCAACAAGACAAAUUUCAAAAACUAUUUGUGGAAUAUAUAGCACAUAAGUAUCUCCCUUUCAACUUUUUUGAAGAUGCUAUAAGUGGAAAAAUGUACAAAUUCCUAAAUCCAAAAAAAAACUCUACCUGGUCGGAAUCAAAUGAAAUCUUUGUAAUUCAAAAAUCUCGUUCACAAUCGAUGGAUGGUCUUCUUUUAAUAUGA